GUUACUGUAUGACUAUCUAGUUCACAAGACUGUUGUGUUCUUAUUUCGUACUGUGUAACAUGUCUUGUGGUGCGAUGGUCGGAUGGUCCUCCUAACCUCAAUUUAACACGCUGUUUACAUUUUCCAAUUUGAAAAUAAUUUUGAAAACAGAAAAUAUUAAUAAAUGUGACCAUGGAAGACUCUGAACUGGGAAAGCAAAAAUGUCAUAGAGACCGACACUCAGGCAAGAAAUUUGAGAAGAAAAAGGCGAAGAAAGAUGCCCAAAAUCCAUUUGACCUUACCGAUAAACAACGUAAUCCCAAAGCUUUUGCAUUCAACUCUGCGAUUCGUGCUGAAAGACGUUUUCGAAGGAAACAGGAUAUUGAAACAAAGAAACAGCAUAUCCCUCUAGUUGAUAGAACACCGAUAGAGCCACCCCCGAUUCUAGUUGCUGUGGUGGGGCCCCCUAAAGUCGGAAAGAGCACUGUCAUCAACAACCUUAUAAAACUGUUUACUAAGAUGCCUCUAACAGACAUGAAAGGACCUGUUACAAUAGUCACUGGCAAAAAGAGACGAGUAACAUUUAUUGAAUGCAAUAAUGACAUAAAUUCUAUGAUAGAUAUUGCAAAGGUGGCUGAUUUAGUACUGCUUCUAUGCGAUGCUAGUUUCGGAUUUGAAAUGGAAGUAUUUGAGUUUCUUAAUAUCUGCCAGGUGCAUGGUAUGCCUCGAAUCAUGGGUGUCCUGACCCACUUAGAUAAAAUAAAAAAUAGCAAAACUCUCAAGAAUACCAAAAAAGUACUCAAACAUAGAUUCUGGACUGAAGUUUAUCCUGGGGCAAAACUUUUUUACCUUUCCGGCAUAGUGCAUGGUGAAUAUUUGAGGAAUGAAAUCAAAAACUUGGGCAGAUUCAUCUCUGUGAUGAAAUUUAGACCUUUACAAUGGAGGUCAACACACAGUUACCUGUUAGCAGAUCGGUUUGAGGAUUUAACAAACCAAGAGCUGAUUAGACAGAAUCCAAAAUGUGAUAGAAAUAUAUCUCUCUAUGGAUAUGUCAGAGGAGUACCUUUGAAGAAAGAAGGUUCUGUGCACAUAGCAGGUAUGGGUGAUUUGAAGAUCCACGACAUCACGUACCUGCCUGAUCCGUGCCCUCUCCCUGAACAAAUAAAAAAACGUGCCCUGAUAGAAAAAGAAAAACUGAUCUACGCCCCGUUUUCCGGCGUUGGUGGCAUUGUGUAUGACAAAGAUGCAGUCUAUGUGGAACUUGGUGGCUCCCAUAGCCAUAAACAACGUGAUGAGGAUGAUGAGACCAAUAACAUCAUCACAAACAUGAUUGAUGCUAAGGAGACACUGGAUGUGAAAAUGAAACAUUCAGAAAUGCAGAUCUUCAGCGGCGGUGAAAGGCUCACUGCUGAAGAUUUCGAGGAUAGUGAUGACGAUGAUGAAGAGGAAAAGCAGGUUAUGCUGUAUGAGAAGAAAUCCGGCAAACAAGAUGAUGAGUUUCAGAAUGAACUGAAUAAACUACGACAAAAAAGCUGUAAGGAGGUAGAAGAUUCUGGUAGGAUCAGAAGAAAAGUUACAUUCGAUACAAGUGAUGAUGAACUGAAUAGCAAGUUUGAUCAAGAUUCUGAAGAGGAAAAGGAGGAAUAUAUUGAGCUAAAAGAAAACAAAGAUUUGGAUGUAUAUCAUAAAAUUAGUAAUGUUUUGAAAGAACUGGACGCCAAAGUGACACACAAACAGAAAAAAGAAGAUUCAUCCACUGAUAGUGAAGAUGAAAUCCAGUUUAAUGCUGCACAGGAUGAUGGAGACAUUGAUUUGGAAGACGUUUGUGAUGAGAAUGAUAAUAGUGGAGAAGAAAAUGAUGAAAUUAGAUGGAAGGAUAACUUAGCAAAGAAAGCGGAAAAAACGUUCAUAGAAAGACAAAGCUCCAAUCAAAAUCUUAUGAAACUUGUUUAUGGUGUUUUUAGCUCCAAGAAUUCUUCACAUAAAGAAAACAUUGAAUCAAGUAAAGAAAAUGAAGAAGAAGAAGAUAUUGGAGGGUUGUUUAAGAAAGUAUCCAAAGAACAACAGAACACCAAAGUUAAUAAAGAUACCAUGAAUCUAACAGAAUCUUCCUUAAGUUUGCCUUGGAAGGCAGCUGUUAAGGAUUGGUUGGAACCAAAUGUAAGAAUUUUCGUCUAUAUAAAAUGACGUUUAAUGGUUCUGGAUACGAUAAAAACACAGAUAUUUGUUGAUAAAUUAGGUAUUUUGGCAUGGAAGUUAUUCCAUCAUUAACUGAAGACAUUUCCUUUUUUAUACACGAAAGAGAACGCCACAGGCAUUGCACUUUAUACUGAUAGGAUUUAAGAUUCCAGGACGUUAGUUCUUUUAAGGGUUUUAAUCUGUUUAAAUUAAGAAUAAGAUUUGUUAAGGGCUAAGAAGUACUUUUCUCUACAUGACCGCCUCACUCAGUACAAGGUCCAGAGUGGACCUAGCCUCGAGCACCGCUCACUUUUUAGGGGAGCUGCUGCCUCGACUACAUUGUCUCUGACCUGUAACAAACAGUCUCAGGACCGACGGUGAUCUAGUUUUAUUCCGUCAACAGGCUUUGUUCCUCAGAGCUCACCUCCAGCAUGCCUAACCAUGUCGAACUUCGUACAUCCAGAACUGGCCGAUACGACCACUCCUUUAUCCUUAGGGUAUCGAGAUUGUGGAAAAAUCUGCAUGAGGAGGCUGUUCCCAGAUCUACUAACCUUAGGCAGUUCAGAAAAAGUUUCUUUAAGCUCCUCAUAGCGCCCACGGGGCCCUGGCAUUUAGGCUUCUGCCUGCGCGGCUGCUUCGGUGUAAAAAAAGUGUGCUGAACUGCUGGUAUGUUGCCUAACAUGCGUUAUUUAUUUUUUAUUUUGGGAUGUAAUGUUUUGAAAGAUAGUGAUCACAGAUACCCGUAUCCUUUGUUUCUAGAAUAAAGCAUUGAUCUUAAACUGCUUUGUAACUGGCAAAUGGAAAGAUAGUGAAGAUGCAAAUGAGUUGCUGAAACUGGACGAUGCUGAAGAUUUGAGCGACGUAGACUCCGAAGUAUUCGGCGAUUUUGAAGACCUGGAAACUGGAGAAAAGCAUACGGCUCCCAAAAAGAGAAAAAGGGAGGAAACCGAAAAAGACAUUGAAGCUGAUCGCCAAGCUCUAGCUGAAAAGAAGAGGAAACUGAAAGAGAAAUUCGAUGCGGAAUAUGACAAUACAGAUAAAAACAGUUAUUAUGACGAAUUGAAGACAUCAGCAGAAAAACAAGCUCAGCUCAACAAAUCUGUAUUUGAAAAUAUGCCAGAUGAUAUUAGAAUACAGUUGGAAGGCUUCAGACCUGGCAUGUAUGUAAGAAUCGAAUUUGAAAAGGUCGCCGGUGAAUUUGUCCAGUAUUUUGAUCCAAGUUAUCCUAUUGUUAUUGGAGCUUUGAACAUGGGCGAAGAAAAUAUAGGAUAUGUGAAUGUCAAAAUAAAGAAGCAUCGUUGGUACAGCAAAAUACUUAAAACCAAUGACCCAUUGAUAAUCUCUUUAGGCUGGAGAAGAUUCCAGACAAUUCCACUAUAUUCAAAACUAGAGGAUGAUUUGAAGUUUAGAUAUUUGAAGUAUACACCACAGCACAUAGCUUGUAAUGCACAUUUUUGGGGUCCUAUUACACCACAAGGAACUGGUUUCUUAGCAUUGCAAGUAGUCAGUCAAGAACAAGAGGUUAUCAAACAUUUAGGAUUCAGGAUAGCAGCUACUGGAUCAGUACAAGAGCUGGACAAAUCUGCAAGGAUUAUGAAAAAGCUAAAACUAAUAGGACAUCCGCUGAAGAUAUACAAAAAGACUGCAUUUAUCAAAGGAAUGUUUAACAGUUCACUGGAAGUAGCAAAAUUUGAAGGUGCUAGGAUCAAAACAGUAUCCGGAAUUCGAGGGCAAAUCAAAAAAGCUGUGAAUAAACCAGAAGGCUGUUUUAGGGCUACCUUUGAAGAUAAAAUGCUUCUUAGUGAUAUUGUUUUCUGUAGAACGUGGUACAAGGUAGAAAUAGAGAAAUUUUACAUGACUGUCAACACCUUACUGUUACCUCCCGAAAAAAAGAACCAGUGGCGUGGCCUAAGGACUACCGGAGAGGUUAAAAGAGAGCUUGGUAUCAAAAAUGCUGCUAACAAAGACAGUUUGUAUACUGAUAUUUUGAGGGAAGAGAAGCCUUUCAAACCAUUAAUAAUACCGAAAAAGCUUCAGCAAGCUCUGCCGUAUAGAGAUAAGCCCAACCAUGGUGUGAAAUAUGAUGAAAAGAAGAAGCGGAUCGAAAGAGUUGCAGUCAUUAGAGAACCAAAGGAACAGAAGGUAACCAAAAUGAUGAAAAUGAUCAAAGCUUCGUACGAACAUAAGCAAGAAAAACUGAAACAUGAAACGAAAGAAAGAAUGGAAAAGUACAGACAAGAGAUAGAAGCGAUAGAGGCUAAUAAAGAAAAGAAGAUAAAGCAGAAAAAGAAGGAAGUGUUUAGGAAUAAGAGUAAGGCACAAAAGAAAAAUCGGUAGCUCAAUAAAUAUAUAUAAUUGUUAACAUUUUUUUGUAUAAAAUAAAUACUACAUAUUUGCA